AUCGUCUGCAUCCGGAACAGGAACGGCUCGUGGAUUGGCCCGCCUUUACGGAAUAGUUGCCACCGGAGGAUCGGUGGGCGGAGAAUCGUUGCUGUCACAUGAUAGCAUCAAAUAUAUGUCCGUGCCUAUUAUCUUUGGCAAAGACUCCGUGUGGAGAAGUGGAGAAGACACCGAGCUUUGGCCCUGGAACAUUGUAUAGAAAGAACCCGAAACAACAUGGAUACAUUGGUGUAUUUGGUAGCAAGCCUACUGCCGUUUGUAUGUGCUGAAACUUGCCCACCGGGAUAUGUAUAUUAUAAUGAUGACACAACUUGCCAAAAAUGCUAUUACACUGGAUGCACAUGUAAAAAUGUUCAGAAUUGUAACGGAUGCCUGGACGGCUACUUUAUGAAUAGAUACCUGUGCUCUCCAUGCCCAGAUAGAUGUCUGGCGUGCACCAACACAACAUGUACAAGCUGUAAAAAAGGUUAUACCGGAGCAACGUGUGACACAUAUAUAUGUGCAAACAGGAACUGUUUAUGUGAAUCACCCUGGGAAUGUGAUUCGUGUAUAGGUGGAUAUUACGAUGCAUUCACUAAUUGUACAUACCAAUGCAAUCCUAACUGCUCUUCAUGUUUAGAUAAUGCCACAUGCGAAUCCUGCAAGCCGGGAAUGUAUGGGGCAGACUGUAGCAAUGUAUGCUCUAAAGGGUGUAAAAAUACCGUCUGUAACAAAACAGAUGGGUCAUGCUCAUGCAAAAUGAGUUUUACUGGUAAUACAUGCGAUCAGUGUAAUUCUGGAUGGUAUGGUCCUUCAUGCAAUCUUCGAUGUUCAGUCGGAUGCAAUAGCACUCAAGACUGUAAUCAAACAGAUGGCAGUUGUAUGUGUUCGGAAUAUUUUAUGGGCGUAAGAUGUGAUCAGUGCAAGGAUUGCAGGUAUGGGAUUUCUUGUGAAAAUGUUUGUUCAAGUGGAUGUAACACUACAUGUAAUCAGUCAGACGGCACGUGCUCAUGUAUGAAGAAUUUUACUGCAGAUCUGUGCAAUGAGUGCAUGACAGGAAUGUAUGGCGAGUCAUGCGAAUUGACCUGCUCGCGUGGGUGCAACGGUAAAUGUAAUAGAACAGAUGGGAAAUGUACAUGUUUGAAACAAUAUACAGGUGUUUUGUGCGACGAAUGUACACCAGGAUAGUAUGGCAAUCAUUGUGAAGACGCUUGUUCACUUGGAUGUAGCGAUAUUUGUCAUAAGACGGAUGGGACAUGUAAAUGUUUGAGUAACUUCACAGGAGCUAAAUGCGACAGCUGUUUGAUAGGGAUAUAUGGAUUAAAUUGUACCAAUAAUUGUUCUGAUGGAUGUGUCGAUCAUGUUUGUAACAGAACAGAUGGGUCAUGUACAUGUGAGGCAAAUUUUGAUGGCGACAAUUGCGAAAGGUGUGUAACAGGGAAGUACGGAUACUCCUGUGAAGCAUCGUGUUCAAACGGAUGUGAUAAUCAUAUAUGCUAUCGGACGGAUGGGAGAUGUACAUGUUUGGAAGGGUUUACUGGAUCGACAUGCGAUGAAUGUAUUCCAGAGCGGUAUGGCUCAGAUUGCAAUCAGCCGUGUUCAAAAGGAUGUGCUGACGGAACUUGCAAUGACACUGACGGGUCCUGCACAUGUUCGGAACAUUUUACCGGUAAUAAGUGCAAUAAAUGUAUACUUGGGAAAUAUGGCUCGUCUUGUGAGCUAUUUUGUUCAAAAGGAUGCGUUUCAAAUGAAUGCAACAGAAAUGGUAAUUGUUUAUGUUCGGAAAAUUUCACUGGAGAUAGAUGCGAUCGUUGCAUGCUAGGGAAGAAUGGAGAACAUUGUAACUUUGAGUGCCCAUCGGGAUGUCUGAACCAUCUAUGUAAUAAUAACGGAGAAUGUAGUGAUGGAUGUGUUCAACACUUAUUUGGGAAUGUAUGCAAUCAGACAUGUCCUGUGAAUUGCAAAAAAGGGACAAUAAACGACACACGAUGUGAACGUGCAACAGGAAGCUGUCGGUUUGGUUGCAGUUAUGGGUUUUCUGGAAAAUCCUGCGAUAUUUAUGACGGCAGUAACUCUGGAUCCGCAGCAACAAUUGGUGGAAGUGUAGCAGCUGCAGUUAUCGCACUUGUCUUGGCCACGGGCAUCUUUGUGGUGUUUUGGGUUAAACGGCGUCAAAUAAGACAGACACAUUGCGACUAUGAGUCGAAUGUACCAAGAACUGAUGUUUCAGAUAUGCACGUUUACGCUGGAUUAUCAGAGGAUUCCGUCGAUAACGCCCCUGCUACCGAAGCGUAUUCGCAAGAAUAUGAAAACAGUGCUUUCAACGCAUCAUCCUUCAUAAACUUUGUGUCCACGUCAAACAGUUGAAUGAUGAUUAUGUUUUACUGAAAUUUAUACAAAUAUGUAUAUCGAAUCUUAAUGCUUACUUACAUAAAUAGCAUUUUCUUUCAUUUUUUUCACUGACUCUAAACAUAAUCAGAAUAUGGUAUAAUUAUUUUAGUACUAAUUGGCAUUGUGUUAUUUGGUGUGCAGGUAUUUAUGUAUUUCUCGUUCUAAAUAUACACUUUUAUAUAUAAUGCUCAUGUGUUUAUCACUGUAAGGACUGCUGGCUUUUGUGUUAGUGUCCGGAUGAUAUUUUAAUGUGUACUCUUUGUUGGUCAUGUAAGGUUUGUUAAAAACAAAACAAACACAUUCUUAUGUGUUUAAUCUCGAUAUGGAAUCGAUACCUGUUAUUGAGAGUAUUUGAGAACAGUAAAGAUAAACAUUAUUCUACCAUCACACGGUUUUAGAUUUUCUUUACAAAUCUUAAAAUGUCUAUUGCGCUCAACGUUUUCGUUAAGGUGUUGAGAAUCAAAUAAUUUCAUCACUGAUUCCUCCGCGACUUUAACCGAGAUUACACAUAACCUUUCUUAGGGUGUAAAUACAUAUGUUCCUUACUAUUUUCGGACUGAAUAAUUGAUGAAGUCGCGUUAAAACCAGUCUUUCCCAACAUGUUCGUUGUACAGGGAUGUUCCAGUUUAUUCGAAGGUGAAGACGUAUUAACGAGACACAACACAUAUUUUUAGAGUGAUUCUGCUUUUAUGUUAUUUCGUGAUGUUUACGAUUAAUUUAUAAAAUGUGAGCAAAUUAAAUAUAUCGUUUUGCUGUUGAAACAUAGUUUUUGCUCUUAACAUUUAUUUUCAUGGGUUGAAUGUGUGAUUGAGUAAUAUUUUGUGAAGCGAAAAGAGCCAUAUGAAACAAAUGAUUCGGUUGUAUUUAACUGAAAAUAUAAAAAUACAUGUGUAUAUUUUAAUAAUUUAUUUUCACUAUAUCAUUUUAUAUGUGCGUCUAUGUUAUCUUAUGCCAUAUUAACCAUAGGUUCAUGAACUUGAUAACGUUAUGUUGU